AGUCUCGUUCAUGCUGCUGACACGAUCAUACGCGGUCUGAAAUGGCAGUCAAGAUAAUUUUGAUUCUUAGUUUAUUGUGCUUAUGUACGCAAUUCAAUGAAGUGAAACCUUUGAAUAUACUCGGCUUGUUUCUGUAUCCGGGGAAAAGUCACUUUUUCGUAUUCCAGACUUAUCUCGAGGAGUUGGCACACAGAGGCCACAAUGUGACUGUCGUAUCGUAUUUCCCGCGAAAGGAACCCCUGAAGAAUUAUCAUGACAUAAGUUUGGCUGAAAAAUCGGAGAUUCUCCAAGAGGUGUUUCAAAUAGAAAGAUCGUAUAAGACCAUCAUAGAAAUCAGUCUCUUCUUGAUCAAUUCCGGAACAGAAAAUUGCAGGACGUUGCUAGGGGAUGAAAAUGUGCAAAAUCUUUGGAAGACACAAGCUAAUUUCGACUUAGUAGUAAUGGAGCAAUUUGUGAGUGACUGUGCUCUUGGAUUAGCUUACAAAUUGGGAGCUCCAGUUGUUGGUAUGACAUCGCAUUUACUUUUGCCUUGGCAUUACAACAGGUUCGGCAUACCUUACAACCCAUCAUUUGUCCCCUGUUUGUUUUUGGAUGGAGGAACUAAACCUACAUUGUACCAACGAGUUGAAAGAGCGCUAUUUAAUGUAUAUUUUAAUGUUCUUUACAAGUAUAUGGGCCAAAGGGUAGACCAGAAUACGCUAGCUCAAUAUUUCGAUGAUAUACCACCGCUGGAAGAACUGGCCAAGGAAAUGAAGUUCAUGAUCAUUUAUACAAACUUUAUGCUAUUUGGAUCCUAUUUAUAUCCCGCUAAUGUGAUAGAGGUUAACGGAUAUCAUGUUGCGAAACCUAAGCCUUUACCUGAGGAACUAAGAAAGUUUAUCGAAGAAUCGGAACACGGGGUCAUUUACGUAAGUUUCGGAUCAAUGCUGAAAGCUGCUUCCACAUCUAAGGACAAGAUAGAAGUGAUAAUUGGGGCUCUCGCGAAGUUUCCACAAAGAGUUAUCUGGAAAUGGGAAGACAACACUUUGCCUGGAAAUCCGAAAAAUAUCUACUUAUCAAAGUGGCUUCCUCAAAAUGAUAUAUUAGCUCAUCCCAAAGUGUUGGCUUUCUACUCACACUGCGGCCUUUUGGGAACUACAGAAGCUAUAUACCAUGGAGUGCCCAUGGUAGGAAUGCCUAUAUUCGGAGAUCAGCCAGCCAAUGCUGCCGCGGUAGAGGAGAGCGGCCUCGGAGUACAAAUCCAAAUAACCGAACUUACCACAGAAAAACUUACAGAGAAAUUCAAAACCGUGUUGGAUCCUAAAUUUCGAGCCCGUGUAAAGAUGUUGUCGAAGGCCUGGCGAGAUAGACCCAUUCCACCAAUGGAUAGUGCUAUCUAUUGGACAGAGUUUGCUGCUCGCUAUAAAAAUUUCACCUUCAGGGCAGCUGCAGCCGAUGUCCCAUUAAACCAGUACCUGUGUUUGGACAUCUUAGGAGUUUUUGUGCUAAUCUUUUUAGGAAUCAUAUUUGUAUUCAAAUCUUUAUUUUCAAAAUCAAAAAAAAUCAAAUUAGAUUAGUUGAACGAUGUAUCAUGAACAUAAGUAAUACUUAGGUAAUGUUAUGAUAUAAUUUUAUAACAAACUUAGCUAAACUAGGAAAACCCAUCAAAUAAGUUAGAAUAAUGCCAGGAGAAUGUAUGAUGAUUCUCUAUAAUUUGUAAUAAUUAUGU